UUAACUCCCUUGUGAGAAGCCCUCGCAGCCAAUCAAAACGUCCGAGCGCCAUACGGGAGGAAAAUGGCAGCCGAACAAUGACUGGAAUCUAGAAGAAGUGUCUUUGUGCCCAGAGAAGCAGCAUUUACAAUGGCAGACCAGCAGCAACAGCAGCAACAACAACAGCAGCAGCAACAGCAGCAGCAGCGUGGGAGUGCACCAGGUUCAUCUGUGACAGCCUCUGUUCCACAGCCUCCACAGUCCAUCAUGGCCACAGCGAAUACUUUAAGGUCACCAACACCUCUGCCUCAGCUACAGGUGUUGCCAGGGCCUAUGCAGAAUUCAGCUUACCUUCCUCAGUUUUACAGCCAGCAGCAACAGCAGCAGCUAAUGCUGCAAAAUGCUGCUGUGCAAGUGGAAUUGCUUUCAGCAGCCAUGCAAAUGAAUCAGUUAAAUAUGGCCAUGCAAGGGAGGCCACCAUCAGCAAAUCCAAACAAUUCUGGUGGGCUACUGUCCCCUUCAGCAUCAUCACAGCUGUUGAACAUUGAGCAGGCCCUGAGGCGCAUACCUUCUGAUACACCAUUAACACCAAGUCAAGCAGCACAGAUGGCAGCAGGUGGUCCCAACACUAAUUUAACAGCAGUUUCCAUGGCUAUGCCUGUCAAUAAUGGUGGUGCAAAACUUGCUUCUAAUGGCAGCAAAAAUCAAAACAUGACACAGGGUCAAACUCAGGGUCAGCAACAAGGUCAGGCUCAAGGGCAACCUCAAGUGUCUGGGUCAGCUACCAUGGUGGCAGGCAAGCCCACCAUGCUGCCACCUCAGAGUGCAGCACCACUGGUUCUGGGUCAGAUAGGCAAUGUCUUCUCACAGGCUGGUAAUGUUACUCCCACGUUUGUUACUCAGUCUGUGUUGCAGUCCAAGGGUCAGUCACUGGCAAUGCCCCUGCAGGGUCAGCCACAGUUGAUCAAUUCACAAGCUCCUAUUCGGCUGAGUCAGCCACAACUGGUUGCUAAUACAGGACAGAUCAUUACCUCCCAGCCAAUGCUUGCUAACCCAGCUCUUCUGCAAGCUCUAGCCAAUCUUCACCAGGUCUGGGGUGUAACACCUACAGGUCAGGUGGUGCCACCAUCCAUGUUGGACAACUCUGGUGCACUUCAGAGUGGCCAAAACACCCAAGGCAUCCCUUUGGCAACUCACCAGCCCCUGUUGGCAGGUCAAAGUCAGUCACAGGCUUUCCUGGCUGGCCAGUCUUUGUACAUUAGGCCCAUGCAGCCUACACAGCAGAUCCAAAACAUGAUGCAAACUAGCAUGCAAGGCUACCCAACACUGAAGGGUAACAAAGUGCAGCUGGAACCAAAUCUGCAACAAGCCCAGCAGCAGCAGCAACAGCAGCAGCAGCAACAACAGCAGCAACCUCAGACUCAGCAACUCAAGACCGUAGCCAUUACAGGUACAGGUCUUGGUAAGACUAUUUUGCCAUCCACAUCUCGGACAACAGUCACUGCCAAGAUUCAGCCAAGCGUGUCAGGUUCCAUGGCAACUGCUGCUCCUCGCCUAAACAUCCCCACCAUUGUUCCCAAGCAGAAGGCUCGUGGACGUUCGUCCACCAAAGUCAGUACCGCAACUGCCACAGCAACCACCACAGUUACUGUAGCAUCAGCAUCUAAUAUUGCAUCGGUCAGCACAGCACAAAUCAAAGUCGCUGCAGUUCCAAUAACAUCCAGUCCAUCAACACCUAGCACACCUGUUGCACCUCCCAUACCUGUUGCACCGUCUGGACCAACAGCUUCCGCCGCUGUGACUUUGACUUCUGGCCCAAAGAGUCAGUCAGACUCAGAGGUUGAGAUGGGGAAAAAGCAUGGUGCUAUCUCUGAUGCAUCAACAAUUACCACAAGCGCACUCCCUGCACCUCCCCCUGUUAAAGACCCUGUCACCUUGCCUCCUGUUAUCCCUAAGCCCCAUCCCUCACCUGACGUGCCUUGUAAGACUCCACUACCCCAGACAGCAAGCAAGGAGACAAAACUAGAAGAGAAGGGUGAUGAAGAGGACAUGGAAGUGGUUGAGGAGAAGGUGGCCGUGUCAGGUGACACUGCUUCGGUGUUAACAUCAUCACUUCCUGCAACAGUGGCGCCCUCUCUGCCAUCCUAUUUUGAAAAGCAGAGGGCCAUUGUCAAACCACACAUCCUCACACACAUCAUUGAUGGUUUUGUCAUACAGGAGGGACCAGAGCCCUUUCCUGUACAGCGAUCUUCCCUGCUGUCUGAGUUUGUGCCACCAAAGCCAAGUCGUUCCGAAAAGGAGUCAGAAGAUGAUGCUACAGAAUACGAUGAAGAACCACCACCUCUCCUCAAUAAGUCAGAAGCCCAUUUCAGUGGCUCAGCAGAGGCGGAUCUGCGCAAGUGCGAGUACUGUGGCAAGGCACGGGUGGCCAGCAAAUUCCGCAACUCUGGUAGAUUUUGCUCAAUGGCCUGUGCCAAGCGUUACAAUGUGGCAUGUUCACGGCGUGUUGGGAGAUUUCACAAAGGCAAUCCUGCAGGCAAAUUUGUACCCAAGAAGAAACACCCAUUAGCCAUGAAGAAGGGCUGGCGUGCAGGACGUGGAGGACGCUUAGCCUACAACAUCAACAUGAAGCCUGUCUCCAAUGAAAUGAGCAGUUCUAACAGUGGACAGGAAACCAGUUCAUCUGCUGCAUCCCCUCCUCCACAACAAGACUUUGAUGUUGAAAUGGAGGCUCCCAAGUCUGACCCUGCUAAGUGGAGUGUGAUCGAGGUAUAUGAGUUUGUCAAGUCCUUGCCAGGCUGUCAGGAGUAUGCAGAGGAGUUCCGACAGCAGGAGAUUGAUGGGCAAGCCUUGCUGCUGCUGAAGGAGGAUCACCUCAUGACUGCCAUGAGUAUCAAGCUUGGCCCAGCUCUCAAGAUUUGUGCUCGCAUCAACUCCCUUCGAGAGGAAGCUCUCUGUAGUGCCAAUAAUACCAGUUCCGUAUAGUAUGCCAAGAAAUGACAAGAACCUUUUGACUUUAACCAGUAAGACAGUUUGCUGUGUGUGGUGUAUUGUUAAUGACUUCCUUUGCUGAUAAGAUCAGUUUGCAGAUUGACUUCUAUGGAGUGCAGUUGUGUGGUCUUCACCAUUGUGCCAUUGCCAUUCUAUUCGCAGUGAUUGGCUGGACCACUUACCUUCUCCCUCAGACAUAUCACAUGGAGGAUUUAACAUGGAUGCAAUAACUGUCGAGUCUUAAUGAGAGAGAAGGGGAAAAAUGCUUGCUUUGCCUCAGUCUCUCUCUUUGUCUUAUUUUCUCUUUAUGCAAAUGCAUGCACACAGAUACAUGCGCAUGCACAUCUGAAGCAAAGUAGGAAAACCGUAACUUGAUUCGAGGUUGUGAGUUAGAAAUGUGUUCAAACUAAUUCUGCUGGCAAACCAUGUGUUCAUUGCUCAUGCUGCAUGUUGCUUUGUUGAAAAAAAAAAUGACUAUAUAUAAUAGUGCACUUUAUGGACAGAGACCUAGAGAUUGGACAACAUGUAUAUAAAACACAAACUGUUUUAUAAAACAUGGGAUCUUCACAUGAACUUUCUGAGCUGUCGUGUAUUUCCUGCCUGAAGCAGAGACCUGUGUGGUGAAACUCAACUGUUUUACAUGUUAAUGAGGAUCAGUUUUAUUCGUUUGCCUGACAGUUUGUAACACAUUUACAAGGCACCUUAUACUGUUUUGUAAAUAAAUUCCUUGCAGUUAAUUUUUGGUACCUCAAAGCUCAUUCGCUUCACAUUAUUGAUUGUUUUUUUUAGUUCAUAAAGAGACUUUUUCAGUUCUGAAAUAAACAUAGCUCUUUGGACUUAAAAUUUCUUUAUUUGCAUGCUGAUAAGUUAUCCCUGCAAAAAAGUCGAUAAUCUCCACUCCUUAAGCAUGAAGGAAUUAAUGUUUGUCACAAAAAGCAACAUGUCAAUCUUUGUAUAAAAGUAUAUACGUUGUUCAGUGUCUUCCCACCUUGCAGAGAAUAUCAGUUCUAUGGCAUCUCUGUACCCUGCAAGGAAUAUACAGGUUAGUAGGAUUAACCAUUGUCAAAAUUCACAUGUAAAUUGCAUUCACUGAAAAUAUUGAAGAUAUCUGCAUUUAAACUUGCUUUCUUCUAGGCAGUUUUCUGCCCUCACCUCAGCUGCUUUAGUGUUGUGUCAUUAUUUCUGAUUUUUAUUUUGCCGGCGGCUGCAGAAUCUUUUGGCAUUAAAUACCUCAUCUAUUCCUCUUAUUUACGUGCGCAUAUACCAUAUCUACUCCCUUCUACAGAUGUGUACACAAAUGUGCAAGCAGUUGUACAGCUGUAUGUACAAUUUUGCAUGAGAUUCUGCUUGUGAAUAGUUGUUUGAAUAGUCAUUUGGCAGGUAUGUAAAAUACUACUUGUUUUUUUUUUUUGCAAUUGUCUUGAGUAACAGGAAGGUCUUUGACUUUGAGCUCAUUCUGUGGGCAAUAUUAUGUUAUUGCAAAAUUAGGUUUGUGGAUAUUGAGAUGUGUACCUAACAUUUAAAUACAAAGUGUGUAUGGUAUUCCA